AUGUAUCCUAUGAAAAGAAACACGCUGGAACUUCGUAAAUACCAAGAAGAUGCAUGCCAUGUAUAUAACUUCGAGGUGGACAAAUUGCUUCACAAUCAUUUCCCGGUCAAAGUUUUCCAAGUCAGAUCCAAACAAGACCGCAACGUCAAGAAAGUCAUCAAGGCUUUUUUCAAAGACAACACUGAUGUUGAGAACAAAGUUGCAAAACAUUUCUUAUCGGAAGUUGCAGUACUCGCCACGGUCCGUCAUCCCUAUAUCAUGGGUAUGGAUAGUAUGGGGUCCUUUCCUCGGUACUUCGCUUAUGUAAUGCCAUUUUAUGAAGAAGGCACUCUGACCAAGGUACUGCCUUCCAUGCACCAGGAGAUGAGUGAUGAAUACUUUGUGCAGUUAUGUGCAGCAGUUAACUAUCUCCAUAACAAAAAAGUUGCUCACAGAGACUUGAAAACGGACAACAUUUUGAUCACAGAAAAGAAAGUUCUCAUUGCUGAUUUUGGCUUAUCGGAUAUCUUGCCCACUGAGGAUACAAUGGCGACCAAAAGAAAAGGAACUGUGUGUGACAUGUUCGCUCUAGGGGUAGUCUACUGGUGUAUGGUUUUCAAAGUCAAUGUUUUAAGUCAUGAGAUCGAGGAGCCAAUGAUGGAAACAGUCAGUAAUAGGUUGUCGCCUUCUAGUAUUGACAGACUCAUUUUGACCAAUCUUUUAGAAUAUAACCCUGCAGAGAGAUUAUCUAUCUUUGAACUUCUCUUCUUGAUGGAGGAAUCUUGUUUCUCACACAGGAUAGCCAAACUUAAAGAUUAUUAG